AUGAGACAGGCAGGGAGAGUGAGCUCGUCCGUGGUGGUCGCCGACCCCUCUGAUCCCAGUGUAAUGAGACAGGCAGGGAGAGUGAGCUCGUCCGUGGUGGUCGCCGACCCCUCUGAUCCCAGUGUAAUGAGACAGGCAGGGAGAGUGAGCUUGUCCGUGGUGGUCGCCGACCCCUCUGAUCCCAGUGUAAUGAGACAGGCAGGGAGAGUGAGAUCGUCCGUGGUGGUCGCCGACCCCUCUGAUCCCAGUGUAAUGAGACAGGCAGGGAGAGUGAGCUCGUCCGUGGUGGUCGCCGACCCCUCUGAUCCCAGUGUAAUGAGACAGGCAGGGAGAGUGAGCUCGUCCGUGGUGGUCGCCGAACCCUCUGAUCCCAGUGUAAUGAGACAGGCAGGGAGAGUGAGCUCGUCCGUGGUGGUCGCCGACCCCUCUGAUCCCAGUGUAAUGAGACAGGCAGGGAGAGUGAGCUCGUCCGUGGUGGUCGCCGACCCCUCUGAUCCCAGUGUAAUGAGACAGGCAGGGAGAGUGAGCUCGUCCGUGGUGGUCGCCGAACCCUCUGAUCCCAGUGUAAUGAGACAGGCAGGGAGAGUGAGCUCGUCCGUGGUGGUCGCCGACCCCUCUGAUCCCAGUGUAAUGAGACAGGCAGGGAGAGUGAGCUCGUCCGUGGUGGUCGCCGAACCCUCUGAUCCCAGUGUAAUGAGACAGGCAGGGAGAGUGAGCUCGUUCGUGGUGGUCGCCCACCCCUCUGAUCCCAGUGUAAUGAGACAGGCAGGGAGAGUGAGCUCGUUCGUGGUAGUCGCCCACCCCUCACACUUCUGGCCCAAAACCAUGCGGAAGUGGCCAGAGACGGGCUACCAGAAGGUCCUCCAGGUGGAUCUGGAGGUGAACGGGCUGCUGGACCCGCAGGGCAGCCGGGUGGUGACGUGGCAGGUGGAGUACCCUCUAACUCGCUCCCUCACUGACGAGGUCCAAACCCUCAUCCGCCUGGCACCACAGGACCUGGGUGGCAUUGUGCCACUGGCCAUGAACACUGAGAUCCUGAAUACAGCCGUCCUCACCGGGAGGACGGUUGCUGUGCCGGUAAAAGUGGUCACCGUAGGAACAGACGGCACGGUUACAGAUGUAACAGAGUCGGUGGAGUGUCGGUCGACCGAUGAAGAGGUGGUCAAGGUGUCAGAUCGUUGUGACUAUGUGUUUGUUAAUGGGAAGGAGACGAGGGGGAGGAUGAGGAUGGUGCUCAACUUUACCUACAGCUACCUGAGUGCCCAACUGGAGAUGAGUGUGUGGAUGCCCCGCCUCCCCCUGCUUAUCGACAUAGCCAACCCCGAACUCAGCCAGAUCAAGGGCUGGAGAGUCCCCGUGGCCGCCGACAACAAGAGGUAUGAGAGGGUGAGUGAGGAUGAUGGUGAUGAAGUGGACAGUGAGAGGACAGAGAGUGGCUGUGUCCCUCAGUACCAGAGCACCACGGUGCGGGUCCUCACACACUUUAUGGCCCUAGGAGCUGAUGGGCUGGGCCAACAGGACUUCCUGCUGGGCAGUGAUUGGCAGGUGGACGUGACUGACCUGGUCCAGGAUUCGCUGAGGGUGGAGGACCAACGCGUGGCCCGCCUACUGAAGGGACAGGUCCUGAUGGGCCUCAGCACCGGCACAGCCAAACUACAGGUGAUGUCCCCUCUGUCUGACUCGAUCCUGGCUGAGCGGAUGGUCAGGGUUCUGGAAGACAAAGUGAGUGUGACAGAGCUGGGAGUGCAGCUGGUCUCUGGCCUCUCUCUGUCCCUCCAGCUCAGCCCAGGGAGCAACAGGGCCAUCGUGGCCACGGCUACAACACAGGAAGUCAUGCAGAAACUUAAACAGGAAUCUCUUAUCAGUGCCUGGCUUCAGUUCAGUGACGGCUCCAUGACCCCUCUGGACCACUAUGACCCCGCCCACUUUGUGCUCACAGCCACCUCAUUGGACGAGCAGGUGGUGUCAGUACAGCGCAGCACCGAGUGGAAGUGGCCGGUUAUCGUGGCAAAGGGUGAAGGUCAAGGGUUACUGGUGCGCGUAGAGAUGACAUCAUCAGAGUUCUGCCGGAAGACGAAGCGACGCAUCAUCCUGGCUGCCGGGGUAGGAAACAUCAGUGUUAGGUUUGGCAGCUCUGAUGAGCUGUACAGCCGCCCCGGAGGCAGAACCCGACCAGACGCACCCUACUACGGAGGCUCCAUCUCUGACAUUGAGGCUGGAAUCAUGAAUCGGGACGCUACCACGGUUAAGGCCCCCAUCCCGGUGAGGCCCAACGGGGACAGGCUAUUGGCCGACGGAGGAGUCCCUGGAGAGUUCUCUGAGUUCCCUGCCCAGGCGGAGCUGCCGCGGGGCCGCAGCACAGAGGAGGACCUGUUGUCGUCCCGCCGUGGCCUCACAGACCUGGAGAUCGGUAUGUAUGCCCUGCUGGGGGUCUUCUGCCUGGCCAUCCUAGUCUUCCUCAUCAACUGCAUCUCCUACGCCCUCAAGUACCGCAGCAAGGAGCUGCCCCUGGAGGCCCCUGAGGCAAUGCCUCAUGCCCACGACUGGGUGUGGCUUGGCCAGGAUGAGGGCCUGUGCCUGCAGCAGCAGCAGGACGAGCUGGGUUCAACCCUGGAGGAGGGCAGCCAGCUGCUGAAUGGAGGGGCCCUGAAGAGCAGUGCCCAGGGAAGCUGUCCGGGAGGUAGGAACGAGUCACUCAACUCACCCACCACCAAGAGGAAGAGGGUCAAAUUCACCACCUUCUCCAACGUCAAGCCCAAUAAUGGAUGCCCAGUUCUGAGCCCACUGGCACUCGGACUGACCAACGACAUUAAGUGGGUGUGUCCAGACAUCGAGCUCGGGGACUCGCAAGAGCUCCGGAAUUACAUGGAGAGGUUGAACGAGAACGCUACAAAGAACGUUGCAUAGAGACGCUUGUAUUUUUAGUGGACGAAUGAGUAACUCUAACACACCCGAAUGCCUUCAGAGUAAGGAGGGAGUGAGGGGUGCGUUUAUUGAAAUUGGUUGGCACUGUACCUCGCUAUGACAACAAGAUGGAGCGUGCCAGCCAUUGUUGUUUCCAUUGUUACUAUCGGAAUGGUCAAGGAUCAGAAAUGAGGGGAAACUCAAAUUGCCAUUACACCACAUUGGAUAUGUGGGAAUUUUUUUAACUUGAAUGACACUUUAAUUAGUUGAUAUAUCUGCUCCCUGUCUUUAAUUUUAGAUAACUAAAUUAAAUAAGCUUUUCACGCACAGCUCUCUUUGUUGACUUUUUAAAUCAUAAUUUCCUUAUUAUGUUGUUAAGCAAUUACAGUCUGAGAGAAGUGUUCAAAGCUAUUAAAAUUGUAAAUAAGUUGAGCAUAGAGACUGGUUUGGAGUAUGAGAGACAAUAUUUUGUAACGUCUUUCUUUAGUCUGUCCUCCUUUUUGCAUUUAAUUUUGUUCUCCAGAGAUCAACAUGCAUGUUACUGAAGACAAAGACAAAGCCUGUCUUAGUUCCUGUUGAUCCGUCAGAAAUAAAUGUGUACAUACUGUAGAGUCCUCCCUAUAAGACACAUGCUUCUCUCACACACAUCCCUGUCAAAGACAUGACAUUCAUUGAAUAGCUGAGCUCUAGGUUGUGUGUUUUCUUAUUAUUUUGGCAUUUUUGUUCUUAUCUUUCCUUUUCUCUCUAUUAUUAGAAGUCAACAGGAGUGUCUCCUACUCGCUAUUUGUGACAUUCUUUUGUUAUUUUGUUGUCAAGGUAGUUGAUAUGAUUCCUUUGACUGUUUCCAAUUUCUAGGUUAAACCUGUAGCCUACUGUAUAUGGAGAUUUUUACUCCUCGUGUAAUUAGUUCACUUCUGACCUUACCUGUAAUUAUUGGUGAGCGUAACUGUUGGUGAGCUACAUCGUGUUAAAUCCCCAUUUUGUAUCUAUUUAUUCCACUUUCAGGUGAACCAUAAUCACUCCAGAUUAUUUCACUAAAACUGAGUCAUCGAACCCAAACACACAAUAUAGUACAGGUCUAUUACCAGAACCAAUGGUUGGUGCAGAUCAGUAUAGCAUAUGCUAUUACAUUAAACUAAACUCUAAUGACAUGAGCUGCUGAGUUCCAGGUGGAAUAGUGAUCCGCUCUGUGGCAAAAAUCCUGACGAGUCCAUCCUCAUCCCUCCUUCCUCCCCGUCAAUCAGAUCCAUCCCUUACUGUUUUCAAAAUGGCCUCUGGAUUUGAUUAAAACUAAAAGGUGAAACCUCUCUCUCCUGUUUCUGUUUGAUUCAUUUGUCUA